ACCUAGCCACGCCCACCCAGCCGGUCAUUAGGCAGAUCAUAUUAGUGGUCUGCCGAAUUUAAAAUUAUGAAUUUAGUGGUCCCUGAGGUCCGAAAGGUUGAGGACCCCUGUUCUAGCCCAACCCAAUUUAUUAAUGUUGAUAUUCUGAUAUCAUAAUCACAUGCUGGGCUCCUAGCGGAAUCCAAGGGGAGAAAUACAUUUACCAAUAGAAGAGAAUAUUGGGAAAGGUUGAACUGUGGGGUCCUCAGUGAUCUCUGAGCUUGGUUUUUUUCUUGCAGACGUUUCAUUACCCACCUAGGUAACCUCAUCAGUGCUUGAAAAGAGUGGAGUUUGCAGAGUAGAGGAAGAGGAGGAGAGGGGGGAGAAGGACAAUGACUGUAGGAUCCUUGGUGCUCUCUGAGCUUGGUUAUUUCCUUGUAGACAUUUCAUUACCCAACUAAGCAGUAUCAUCAGUGCUAGAAGAGAGUGGGGUUUGCAGAGGGGAGGAAGGAGGAGGAGGAGGAGGAGGAAGAGGAAGAGGGGAAGGACAAUGACUGUGGGAUCCUCGGUGCUCUCUGAGCUUGGUUAUUUCCUUACAGACAUUUCAUUACCCAACUAGGUAACCUCAUCAGUACUAGAAGGAAAUGAGGUUACAUUUAACAACUAUCCUUAGCUCUACUCGUGGCAAUUCAAAAGGGAUGAAUUGAGGGGAAUCCGCACAUCGUUUUCUUGAGGAGAAACAUCACAACGUGUCCUUCUCUAGCACUCCUUCUUUCUCUGUGGUGCCAGGCUAAAUUUUUCUAACCCUUCCUUCCUCCGAUUCCCGAUUUAUCACCUUUUUCUUUUUUUACCUUUUCUUUUCUCAGAAAGGGAAAAGCAAGGAGGGGAAGAAAGAGGAGAAAUCCCACAAAGGAAAGUCCCACGGCAAAGAAAAGCCCGCUUCCGCUCAAAGCGUAACUGUGAAUGUCGUGUUUUCUCCCAUCCCGGAAGAGAAAGAAGCAGUCAUUGGGCCUCCGCCAAGAAGUGAGCCGGAUAAAAGCCUCCGUACUCCAAUGAAGGAAUUAGCAGAAAAGCUCGAAAAAGAGAAAAACGAGGAAAAAGACAAGCUCAACCUCUGGAUGAGUCAGAUGUACGUUUUCUUUGUCAAAAACUUUUUCGCCAACUACAGGAACUUGCAGCUGGUGAACAAAACCAUCAUCGAUAACAGAGCUCGAGAAGUGGAACUCUUAAUCCUGAGGCAAAAACAAGAGGAGGAGGAAGAAGCCAAGCUCAAGGCUCUGAAGGAGGCCGAGGAGGCCCGAAAAUUAGAAGAAGCGGCAGCUGAAAAAGCAGCCUUGGAACUGGAGGAAACUCUGACUCGAGAAAUGGAGGAAAACCUGAGCCAGGUCCAAUCCCCUCCGAAAGAAGAUUCUCCUACUUUGCUCCAGAGCACGGCCACCAAGGCAGCCAUGGCAUGGAAGAAGAAGAAAAAGUGAGAAGAGCCGCACGGCCGCCGUUACAGCCAGUCCUCGACCAACGACCGCCAUUGAGCCCGACACUUCUGUCGCUGAGCGAGACAAGUCGUUGGGUUUUGCCCCAUUUUGCGACCUUUCCGGCCACAAGUUCUUAAGCGAAUCGCUGCGGCCGUUAAAGUUAGCAACGCGGUUGUUGAAAGGAACCUGGUUUCCCCGUUGACUUUGCUCGUCAAAAGGUCACAAAAAAAAAAAACCCACACGACUCCGGGGACGCUCCAACCGUCGCUAAGUCCAUGCCAGUUGCCAAGCCUCUGGAUUCUGAUCACGUGACCCUGAGGAUGCUGCCAUGCGGUCGUUAAAAAUCGUAAGCCACUUAGUGGUAAGUUCAUUUAGUGACCGUUUGAUGUUACAACGGCACUGAAAAAAGUGACUUGUGAUCAUUUCUCACACUAACAGCCAUUGUAGUAUCCCCAGGGUCACGUGAUCAAAAUUCGGAUUCUUUGGCCACUGGUUCAUAUUUGUGACGGUUGCCGUAACCCAGGGUCACAUGACCUCCUUUUACGACCUUCUGCCAAACAAAGUCAGGGAGGAAGCCAGAUUCACUUAACAACCGUAUUGCUAACUUAACAACUGCUGUGAUUCACUUAACAACUGGCAAGAAAGGUCGUAAAAUGGAGCGAAACUCACUUAACAAACGUUUCCCUUAGCAGCAGAAACUUGGGGCUCUAUGGCGGUCGUAAGUCGAGGACUUCCUGUGUUUACAGGCCGUCAAAACAUCAGAAGGCAAAAAGCUGCCUCUAAAACCAUUUUAUUUUGUAACAAAGAGCAGAAAGAGGAUUCAAGUGGUAACAAUAAAGUUUUAUUAUUCAAGUAAGGUUACGCAGUGACGAACAGA